AUGAGUCAAGCAAAUGCCGCCUCAGACGCAACUGAUAGAAACGUUGAAAUCUGGAAGGUGAAGAAGUUGAUCAAGAGUUUGGAAGCAGCUAGAGGAAAUGGGACUUCUAUGAUCUCUCUUAUUAUACCACCCAAGGAUCAAAUUCCUCGUAUUGCAAAGAUGUUAGCAGAUGAGUAUGGAACAGCGUCCAACAUAAAAUCUCGCGUUAAUCGUUUGUCAGUAUUAGCUGCAAUCACGUCGACACAACAAAGACUGAAGUUAUACACAAAAGUUCCAACCAAUGGUCUUGUAGUUUACUGCGGUACCAUUGUUACUGAAGAGGGAAAGGAAAAAAAGGUUAACAUUGAUUUUGAACCUUUUAAAGCUAUCAACACUUCUCUAUACCUUUGCGAUAACAAGUUCCAUACUGAAGCUUUAUCCGAACUGCUUGAGUCAGAUAACAAGUUCGGCUUUAUUGUAAUGGACGGUAAUGGUGCUUUAUUUGGAACUUUGAGUGGUAAUACUAGAGAAGUGAUCCAUAAGUUUGCAGUGGAAUUACCAAAGAAACAUGGACGAGGUGGGCAAUCUGCGCUACGUUUUGCUCGUCUUCGAGAAGAAAAACGUCACAAUUACGUUCGUAAAGUUGCCGAAUUAGCUGUUCAAUUCUUUGUUACGAAUGACAAAGUCAACGUCACUGGACUCAUUCUUGCAGGUUCCGCAGAUUUUAAGACCGAAUUAUCUCAAUCUGAUAUGUUUGACGGGCGUCUUCAAGCAAAGAUUAUUAAGUUGGUUGACGUUUCUUAUGGUGGAGAAAAUGGCUUUAAUCAAGCCAUUGAACUUGCAGCUGAAAGUCUUGCGAAUGUGAAGUUUAUCCAGGAAAAGAAACUUAUUUCGAGAUAUUUUGAUGAGAUUUCUCAGGACACUGGUAAAUUUUGUUUUGGCGUGGACGAUACACUCAAGGGUUUGGAAUUGGGUGCUGUUGAGAUCCUUAUUGUCUGGGAAAAUUUGGACGUUACUCGUUACACAAUGAAGAAUUCAAGUGGUGCUGAGGUAAUUGUUCAUGCUACAAAAGAGCAAGAAAAGGAUCGUUCUAUCUUCCUUGAUAAGGAAACUAGUGUCGAAAUGGAAGUGGUAGAUAGAAUCCCACUUUUGGAAUGGUUCGCUGAUCAUUACAAGGAGUUUGGUGCCACUUUGGAGUUUGUUACCAAUCGUUCUCAGGAAGGCUCUCAAUUCGUUAAAGGGUUUGGUGGGAUCGGAGGUGUACUUCGUUAUAAAGUCGAUUUCGAUACUUUGAAUUACGAUAGUGAAGAAGAUGGCUUCUUUUCAGGCGAGGAAGUGACAGGGUCGUCUGCAGUUCGGCCACGGGAGGUGCAACACGUGAGGAUGUUAGUUUAA